AUGGCGUCCACACCAGGAUCACCUCCGCCAGACCGGCCUUCUGCACCCCCAGCUUUGGCUAUCGUCAGGUCAAACGCUUCCAACCUUCCACGCAACCUUCCGGUCAAACGAUACGAUGGCGACCCGCUCGGACGAGUCGACGUGCAACAUGCACUCCUAUGCCAUCUGUUCUCCGAUACUAGACGGGUCUUCACGAAUCCACGACCAGGUGAUCGAUCCACUGCUGCAACAGCAAGUGGUUCUGGAGCACCGGCGAGCCCAGCCAACGUUCCUGCCCCUGUCUACCCCUACGGCAUGUCAGCUGGCUGCGUAAGGCGCAGUGACGAGACCGAAGAAGAGUUCAAGCAGUGGCAGGAGAAUCGAGACCGCUACCUUCGUUGGAAGAAGCGUCUCGAUCGCAAGGAGAAGCUGGAACGUAAAGCCGCAGCUGCUGCUGCCGCUGCCGAGUCCACCGUAGAAAACGCAAACGGUGACGCUGGAGACGACGGCAACGAAGAAAGAGACGAGCUGGCUGAAGGAGGGAACGAAGCUGAAGCAGACGCAGCAAAAGCCGACGCUGACGACGAUGACGAACAUCUCGGCGACGAAAACGAGGCGCUCGACGAAGACGAAUUCCCAAAAUCGGGUGCAGCAAAGCUCACUUUCAAAGAACUCUACAUCGAAUCCCUCCUAAACAGCAGCAAGUGCACCAAGUCCAUGCGGGACAAGAUCCUCGCCGACGAAGAAUACGCAGAAGACUUUGCCAAAGUCUGCUUGCUCGUCAACGUCGGUCGCAUCAACACUACACUCGCUUUCUACCCGGAAAUGAAGACCGUCUUGCGCUCCUACCAUCCCUUACCGUCGAUGCAAAACAACGAGAACACGCGAAGGAACAUGCAAGAUGCACCACGAAUGAAGUCGCUACUCAAAGGUGUGCUCAUUGAUACCGAACGACCUGCUCCACCAACAGCCGGUCCAUCAGCUGGACAGCCGGUCAGAGCGCAGAAGCCCAAUGCGCUGAGCGAAGAGGCACCGUCGGACUUCAGAGAGGUGAUCAAGCGGUUCCGUGCGGGUACUGUUCCGCCGACGAGUGUCGUCACUUUGAUCUUCCUGCUAUCACUGCAUGCGAGUGAGGUGACGGAUAUGCAUUUCCCUACACCGCAUGAUUCGCAUUCGCUCUUCUACCCACAUGCUGACCACCCACUUCCAUCGAGACAGAGAGCAAACGCGUUCAUGUGGUUGCUGUACCACUAUCUGGAGGGUCCCGCUACAAAACCUCCGGGAGAGCUGCCGAAUCCUUUUGACGAUGAAACAUCGCUCAAUACCGCCAAAGAGGCUGCUGAAGCAUAUGCCAAUAUCUGGACUGAGGAGGAGAGGAAGAAGCGAGCCAACCAGCCAUGGAAAGGGGUUGUCAAUCCUGAAUGGCAGAAGUGGAAGCAGUCGCAGGAGAAGGACAGUACGGAAAAAGAGGCUGAUGUCAAGAAAGAAGGCGUGAGCGGGGAGGGUGUGAAGAAAGAGGCCGACAAAGAUGGUGAUGUGUCUAUGGGUGAUGAUGGAGAGAAGGAAGUGAAGAAGGAAGGAGAGAAAGAGCCUCCUUCGCAUCUUCAUCGAUUGCUCGUACCCACUUUGCAGACCAUCUCGCAUGAAGAAGCAGCAAAAGAAAACGUCGACACGGAGGAAGAAAUCAGAUGGGGCAAACAGAUGCAAUCUGAACGAGCCGCUUUCUUAGCGAAAUUCCAGGAAGAAGAAGCCGCAAAGAACUCUGCUUCUGCCGGCUCUCCUGCUCCUUCUGCCGGCACUUGGCAAGGCAAAGGUCGUAAAAUUGGUGGAGCUUCUUCUGCUGCCGCAUCUACUGCUGGUAGUGCUGACCGCGGCUCACCGUCCGAAGCCGAUACGAGUCGCAACAAGCGCCGAAAUCCUGGUGCAGCAGCAGGUGACGUCUCUAAACGAUCUCGCAUGGCUAGUCCUAUCGACUUUGAUGAUCCUUCAUCAGAACCCGAGGCUGCCGAGUCCGCCACUGCUGCUGUCUCAGCUAACCCUCUCAUCAGCGAUCCAUACCUCAAUCCUAACAUCGCCAUCUCCGACCGCAUUCGUCCUCCGCUCUGGGAUCUGGAUCUAUCGAUUCCUCCGCAGUACCAAAUCUCUCACUCUCUGCCGCGCAUUGCUUGGGCAAGGAUCUUGGAUCGCGCACAAAGGGGCGUGGGAGACGCAUGCUACGAAAGCGACGAAGACGAGUUCGCAGAGUCAGAAGCACAAGAACCGGAGCAUAGCAGGUCAGAGAUCUGUAGAAUUUUGACAGGAUUGCAAGGGGUGGUAAGGCAUGAUGUAUUCGAGAGGGAUAAUCAUGGGGUGCGGCUGAAGUAUGGUGGCUAUGAACAGAGCGGGGAGGGAGAGGGUGCAAAUGGGGAUAGAGAGAGGGGCUACGAGGGGUAUAGGGAUAGGGAGAGGGCGAGGGUGGAGCUGUAUUCGAGUAGCAUACCUGUUGCUAGUGGAAGGGGAGGGGUGUAUGGAGAGGAGGAGGAGAGCGGGGGAAGAGGAAGAGGGGAAGACGUCGAUGACUUGGAAGAGGCACUGUUGGGCGGUGAUGAUGGUGCGAAGAGGAGAAGUGUUGGCCGGAAUGGGUAUACGUCUGUUCGAGCGUGA